UCGCGGACGUAGGGCGGGAAAGUCUGACUCCGCCGCGGACCGCCUGCCGCGGGCGCUCCGCCGUGAUGGAGGGGGAGGUGGAGGCCGAGGAGGAGCAGCAGUUCUCUCACCGGCAGAGGCUGAAGGCUGCGGUUCACUACACGGUCGGCUGUCUUUGCGAGGAAGUUGCGUUGGACAAACAGGUGCAGUUCAGCAAGCAGACCAUUGCGGCGAUCUCGGAGGUGACUUUUCGACAGUGCGAAAAUUUUGCCAAAGACCUUGAAAUGUUUGCCAGACAUGCGAAAAGAAGCACAGUCACCACGGAAGACGUGAAGCUCUUAGCCAGGCGGAGUAAUUCACUGCUAAAAUACAUCACAGAGAAAAAUGAAGAGAUUGCUCAGCUUAACCUAGAGCGAAAGGCCAAGAAGAAAAGGAAGCCAGAGGAUGAAAACAGGAACUCCAGGGAGCCUGAUGCUGAAGUGGUGAGCAGUGAGAGUUAAGUCCUGGCCACUUGGGAACUGCAGCCUCCAGCACAAGGAAGUGUGCAUCCCACCAAGGGCAGUCUGAGGGAUAAGUGGAGACGUUUAAAGACACAAGUGGCUGGGCAGCUCUCGAUGCCGCCUGCUUCAGGACAUUUGAUGCAGCUUAAACGAGCCAAAGCUCCUGCAAAGCCAUCUCCAUGCUUUCCUCGGCAGGGGAAAGGCUGGCGUUUGGAUGGCACACUGUGACCUAGUGGCUGAGGUUGAUGACGUGUUCGCAAUUAGACAUGCCGGGUGUUUGGGGAUAAGUGUAGU